UGGAAGCAGCUGUCUCGACUACAGCGGAGCGUAAUUCUCUUCCUGUUUGCCUUCUUGGCAGUCUGUGGAGUCAUUUCAUACACAAGCAUGGGGGAACCAUGGAAAAGUGUAACAAACAAAUCGUUGGAUGAUCAGAGAACAGAACCAGAAAUUCCUGGAUUAAAGCUGGCAAAUCCAGCCGUUCUACCAGCACCCCAGAAAGCAGAUGCCAACCUUGGAAACUACCCAGAGCUUUCACCGCAGAAGCCGCCAAAACCACCUCAUGUUCGGCGUGGUCCUUCCAAUCUUCAGAUCAAGCCAUCACGGAGGGAUGUGAGGCUGAAGACCCGACACGAUAGCAGCAGAGUUGUAGAAGAGGUGGUGCAGGCUGAUAAAGAAGAGAAAACGGAGAAAUCCGUUAUCAGCUGGAGAGGAGCAGUGAUAGAACCUGACCAAAGCACUGAACCUCCGUCUAUUAAAAUAAAGGAACCAGAAAAACCUUCAUCUGUGGAAGCUGAAGACCAGAAGGAACCAGUGCCCAUAAACGAACGUCAGAUGGCUGUGAUAGAAGCAUUCCGCCACGCGUGGAAAGGAUACAAGGAUUUUGCCUGGGGCCAUGAUGAGCUGAAGCCUUUGUCCAAGUCCUACAGCGAGUGGUUUGGACUUGGGCUUACCUUAAUUGAUGCCUUGGAUACCAUGUGGAUUUUAGGCUUAAAAGAAGAGUUUGAAGAAGCAAGAAAAUGGGUAGCAAACGAUUUAGUAUUCAAUAAAAAUGUGGAUGUGAACCUUUUUGAGAGCACUAUUCGUAUCCUGGGGGGCUUGCUGAGCACCUACCAUCUUUCCGGAGACAGCCUCUUCCUGGAAAAAGCUAAAGACAUUGGGAACAGGCUUAUGCCAGCAUUCAAGACCCCCUCCAAGAUACCAUAUUCUGAUGUCAACAUUGGCCGGGGCACUGCACAUCCACCUCGUUGGACAUCUGACAGCACUGUGGCAGAGGUGACCAGUAUUCAGCUGGAGUUUAGGGAGCUCUCUCGUCUCACUGGAGAUGAGAAAUUCCAGAAAGCUGUAGAUGAGGUGAUGAAGCAUGUUCACACCCUCUCAGGGAAAAAUGAUGGACUAGUGCCUAUGUUCAUAAACACCAAUAGCGGGCAGUUCACUCACUUGGGUGUCUAUACUCUGGGAGCCAGAGCUGACAGCUACUAUGAGUAUUUGCUCAAGCAAUGGAUUCAGGGUGGAAAAAAAGAAAAUGAACUGUUGGAAGACUAUAUGAGAGCCAUAGAAGGAGUGAAAAAGCAUCUUCUUCAGAGAUCGCAACCCAAGAAGCUUACUUUUGUAGGAGAGCUUGCUCAUGGCCAUUUCAGUGCCAAGAUGGAUCACUUGGUUUGCUUUUUGCCUGGUACUUUGGCACUGGGAGCUCACAAUGGAUUGACUGCUGAUCAUAUGAAAUUGGCUGAAGCCCUUAUAGAAACCUGUUACCAGAUGUAUGCUCAAGUAGAGACAGGCCUGAGUCCGGAGAUCGUACACUUCAAUCUUCAUGCACAAAAGGGCCACAAAGAUGUGGAAAUCAAGCCUGCAGACAGGCACAACUUACUGCGACCAGAAACUGUGGAAAGCCUUUUUUAUAUGUACAGAUUCACUGGUGAUAAGAAAUACCAAGACUGGGGCUGGGAAAUCUUGCAGAACUUCAAUAAAUACACACGGGUUCCUACAGGUGGUUAUACUUCCAUUAACAACGUCCAGAAUCCCAGUAAUCCAGAGCCACGAGAUAAGAUGGAGAGCUUCUUCCUUGGGGAAACACUCAAAUACAUGUUUCUGCUGUUUUCAGACGACAUAGACUUAAUCAACCUUGACAAAUACGUAUUUAACACAGAAGCUCAUCCACUCCCUAUCUGGGUGCCAGCAUAGACUGGGUGUUGGUAGACCUUUUUGGUGGCAUUUUUAUCUUCAAGUCACUUUACUUUUCAGGGUUUGAGGAGAGAUGCUAUAUUGCACCUUUUAUGGCUUAAAACAAACAAAACCUUUGGGAAAGUAUCUCUCGUUUGGAGAAGUCCUGUCAGUCUUAAGUCUAAAACCUGGUUCUGGGAUGGACAAGCUGUGCCAUACUGAGCUGGUUUUCCUGGUAUUGAUGAUGAGGUUCAGAGAAUAAUUGUAGUGUGGACCAUGACAUUCACGGGGCUCUGGUGAACCAGAACUCACUUAUGUCAGUCUUACUAAAUGCUCAAUAUCGGGAAUGCAGCAAGUUGUCUUACAGCACAGGAUUGUCCCUGGAGAGAAGGAAUAAGCCUACAGGUUUCUGGUUUAUUCUGGAUUCACUGAAACACUCAGUUACAGCGCCAUUCCUUCAUAAGAACGUAUAGUGUUUCAGGUGGUAAGUGGAAUAAACAAAGAACAGUAAUGUUGUCCCAGGUAGAAGCAAAGCUGUCAGUAUUGCUACUGAUACUCUGAUCUCAUUCCAAACUACCGAGCUAUGCUGCAUCACGUUAGAAGAAGGAAGUGGCAGCAAAGCAUCUGUUGUACAGUGUCUUAGUUUUAUAGAGCACUUUGAACAAUCUGUUCCAACUGUGGCUGAAAUGAAUGAUGGAAGAGAAUUUGCUGCU